UUCUUCAAACCCUAAAUAAAUUAUCCAUUCAUUAAUCGCCCAAUUAGUGAGCAGACUCGAACCUGAGACCAGUCACAGUGUGUUUUCUGCACACCACGUGCAGUGAUAUUGAUUAUUUCCACAGCCGCGUCUUCUCUUUUUCAUUCAAUUUGGUCUGCCCUCCUCUCCCCGCCAUAGCUUUAUCUUAUAUCCAAGCAUACCCAAGUACUGGUUUCAUCUUUUUGGCCUUAGCUUUUUGUUGCCUCCAAAUUCAAACCGAAAAUUGAGGCCCAAUGCAAAUGAUUCAUGGCCUCCCCACACAGUGAAUCUCACCCUAUUUAAUCCCUACACCUUCUUCCACCGCUAACCACUUUACACACCAGAUCAUCUUUAUCAUACCCAGCUUUAAGGUGUGAGGCGAAAAUGAUGAUUCAGGAACAUCCCGGCGGCGCCAAGACAUCGGCAGAGCUGAUGAUGAGACCGCCAGCACCGGCGCCGGCAGCGGGCACCGGCGGCGGGGGGAGCGGGGAGCGGCGCUCAUCCACAUUGAAGCCACCUGAUCAAGUCCUCAAGUGCCCCAGAUGCGAUUCACUCAACACCAAAUUCUGCUACUACAACAAUUACAGCCUCACACAGCCCCGUCAUUUCUGCAAGAACUGCCGGCGCUACUGGACCAAAGGCGGCGCCUUGCGCAACGUACCCAUUGGCGGAGGGUGCCGUAAGAACAAGCGUGCCAACAAGAAGGCGGUGCCUGAGCCAGAGCGCCGCCGCCACCACCUCGAUCACCUCGAUCAGGAAACUGCUUCCUCUGGCACUUCCGAUGUGACCAACAGCUUACAUUUACAGGCAUUAUGCAGCAAGCAGCCGGCAAUUUCAUUCAUGGAAUUCCCAGGACUGGCAGCCUUUGCCAGACUGCAGCAGCAUCAGCAUCAGCAGCAGGAGCCUGUGACAGUGGCAGGUGAUCAGCCGUCGGUCACAUGGCUCACAACACCGGCUACUGCGACGACCAGCGGCGCCGCCACAUCGAUUCUACAGAGCAGCUGCCAGGCGCUCUCAAAUCUGCCGUCGCUCGAGAGUACUCUUCUCGGCCUCAAUUUCCCGGCGGUUAAGUCGGAAAACAUGAAUGUCGCGGGGCUCGAUGUAAAUUCCGGCGCAGAUAUGAGCUCGUUUUUCGAAUCGCCCCAUACGGAAUCUUUCAGCGCCGCCGAUUUGCAGUGGAGGAUUCAACAGCACAGGCUGGCAAUGCUUCUCGCCGAUCACAACGACGCAGACAGAGAAAGAGAAAUCUCGCGCUUGCAUGUCAAGCCGCCAUGCAAGCCCACAGAUUUUGCAUGCCUCUACAACAAUAAUUUCUCUGAACGACCCGAAUGGCAACCGGCGGCGCCGGUGGCUGGCGUCGACGUUCACGGUCACCAUGCCUACGACGGGGCAGUCGAUACCGGCUACUGGAGUCCUGUUACCGCUUGGCCCGAUUACCACCAUUAUGCUUCUCCUGCUGGUGCACUUCCUUGAGAGAUUAUCAUUGUUGUGUUCAACCAGAUUCUUCGAUUUGUUCGUUCAUUUAUUAUUUUAGUAAGCUUAUUAUACUUAGCUUUCUGAGUUACCAAUUUUUUCUUUUUCUUUUUUUGAGAUAAAAAAACAAAACAAAUGAAAACACUGCUUUAGAGGUGUGAGAAUGAAUGCAGGCAGCAGUCUCUGUUUUAGAGACUGUUGGGUAGUGUAAAUAGAAUGACAGAAAAAGUUUAGCUGUGAUUUUGCUCGUCAAGAGAGGAAGAGAAACAAUGUGCAAUGAAUUCAGUGGUGGCUCGUAUCAAUCAGAUGAGAUGAAUGACAUUUAACGUGUAUUUAUGUUUAAACUUAUCAAAUUUAACGUCCUUGUUAAGUA